AUGCUACUACCCUGUUAUCACCCCUCCUUCCCUCCUUUCCCUCCCUUUCCUCCCUCCACUCCCUCUUCUCAUCCCCUCUCCCAACAACCCUCACUCAUCUCCCGCGGCUGCACCCCCUGCGUCCAACCCUCUCCGGCCUUCGCUGGCAGUCAAGCUGUUCCGCAGGCGCUGGCGGCAUGGGGGCAGCUUGGGGGCGGCUGGCAGGCGUGGUCGGGCAGCAGUGACUGCUCAACCGUGCAGGGCGUCACAUGCAACGCUCAUGGCAAGGCAACGUUGUCUCCCUGGUACGUGAGGCAUGUGAGUGCUGCUCCAGCGCAUGUGAGUGCUGCUCCAGCGCAUGUGAGUGCUGCUCCAGCGCAUUGCUACUCAGCGCAUGUGAAUGCUGCUCCAGCGCAUGUGAGUGCUGCUCCAGCGCAUGUGAGUGCUGCUCCAGCGCAUGUGAGUGCUGCUCCAGCGCAUGUGAGUGCUGCUCCAGCGCAUGUGAGUGCUGCUCCAGCACAUGUGAGUGCUGCUCCAGCGCAUGUGAGUGCGGAACCAGCGCAUGUGAGUGCUGAUCCAGCGCAUGUGAGUGCUACUCCAGCGCAUGUGAAUGCUGCUUCAGCGCAUGUGAGUGCUGCUCCAGCGCAUGUGAGUGCUGCUCCAGCGCAUGUGAGUGCUGCUCCAGUGCAUGUGAGUGCUGCUCCAGCGCAUGUGAGUGCUGCUCCAGCGCAUGUGAGUGCUGCUCCAGCACAUGUGAGUGCUACUCCAGCGCAUGUGAAUGCUGCUCCAGCGCAUGUGAGUGCUGCUCCAGCGCAUGUGAGUGCUACUCCAGCGCAUGUGAGUGCUGCUCCAGCGCAUGUGAGUGCUGCUCCAGCGCAUGUGAGUGCUGCUCCAGCGCAUGUGAGUGCUGGUGGUGGUGUGGAGCUCCUGUUCAUGGUGCUGGUGGUGGGGUGGGUGUCAUGCGUCGGAGUGAUAGCUCACCAUAGCAGCUAUCCUUCCUCUCCCUGCACCCUCUCUCCCAUCCCUCCCCCACCUCUUCCAGAGCCCAUGUUCAUGGUGCUGUUGUUGCUCUCCCCUUCCCUCCCGCCAUCCCGUUCUCUCCCUCCCUCCAUUUCUCUUCAGCCCUCCCCUUCUCUCCCGCCCUCCAUGUCUCUCCUGCCCUCCCCCUCUCCCCUGCCCUCCCCUUCUCUCCCGCCCUUCCCUGCUCUACUGCCCUCCAGCCAACCCUCCAUUCAUUCUAUACCGCCCUCCACUUCGUCCAUACCCUUUGGACAACCCCUAACCAUGUCGUGCAUGAUCUUCGUCCCCGCCUUGUCCUGCGUGCGCGCAGGAGGGAAUCAGCGGAUUGACCAGGGCUUGGCAAAGGUUAAGAAGACCGACUGGAACGUCUCGAACUCCCACCGGAAGAACACCGAGUGGAUGACGGGUUUGCACCGAAAUGUGCGGUGGAUUAUCAAGGACCACUUCAGACGCCACACCCCCGUGUACAACACAGUCGUGCAGGGCUUCAAGUGGGGCAACCGUGGCCUGUAUGUUCACGAGUCAGGAUUUGAGGCGUUCAAGGGGACGGCCGCGCCUGACGAGGAGAAGGACUUGAAGGAGGAAGAGCAGGAGGUGUACGACGCGGAGGACUUGAAGACGGAUGACGAGGAGGAUGACGAGGAUCAGGAGGAGGACGAGGAGGAGGAGGAGGAGGAGGAGGAGGAGGAGGAGGAGGAGGAGGAGGAGGAGGAGGAGGAGGAGGAGGAGGAGGAGGAGGAGGAGGAGGAUGAGGAGGAGGAGGAACAGUGGGGGCAGGAGCGGAGGAAGAGCAAAAGGCACAAGAGAUGCAAAAGCAGGGGAGGCAAGAGGGAUGAGCAAGAGGAUGAGGAGGAGGAAGAGGAAGAGGAUGUGAAACGGGGGGGGCGGGAGAUUAGGAAGGGCAGAAGGCAGAAGAGAGGGAAACUCAGGGGAGGCAGGGGGGAAGAGGAAGAGGGUGGGGAGGAGGAGGAGGGGGAGCAGGAGGAUGAAAAUCAUAGGGGGCAGGAGAGGAGGAAGGGCAGAAAGCACAAAAGAGGCAUAGGCAAGGGAAGCAGGAGGGAAGAGGAAGAGGAGGAAGAAGUGGAAGAGGAGGAAGAGGAUGAGGAUGAGGAAGAGGAGGAGGAUGUGGAACGGGGGGGGCGGGAGCUUAGGAAGGGCAGAAGGCAGAAGAGAGGGAAAAUCAGAGGAAGCAGGGGGGAAGAGGAAGAGGAUGAGGAGGAGGAGGAGGGGGAGCAGGAGGAUGAAAAUCAUAGGGGGCAGGAGAGGAGGAAGGGCAGAAAGCACAAAAGAGGCAGAGGCAAGGGAAGCAGGAGGGAAGAGGAAGAGGAGGAAGAAGUGGAAGAGGAGGAAGAGGAUGAGGAUGAGGAAGAGGAGGAGGAUGUGGAACGGGGGGGGCGGGAGCUUAGGAAGGGCAGAAGGCAGAAGAGAGGGAAAAUCAGAGGAAGCAGGGGGGAAGAGGAAGAGGAUGAGGAGGAGGAGGAGGGGGAGCAGGAGGAUGAAAAUCAUAGGGGGCAGGAGAGGAGGAAGGGCAGAAAGCACAAAAGGGGCAGAGGCAAGGGAAGCAGGAGGGAAGAGGAAGAGGAGGAAGAAGUGGAAGAGGAGGAAGAGGAUUAG